UCUGCAUCGCCCCCUCGCCUUCUCUUCUCUUCUCUUCUCUUCUCCACCCCGCAAGCCCUCCCCGGAGCCUCCGUUUGCGCGCGCGGACUCCUUGCUCUAUCCCGGCACGCCGGCGAGCAGCUCUGGAGGCCUCCGUCUCGGUCUCAAGGUUGCUAGUAGGAGUAGGAGUAUCAGUUUCAUUCAAUCCACAAGAAAGAAAGAAGAAAAAAAAAUCUGGCGAUUUCAGCUGAACGGCCAUGACCCACAUUAGCUUGUGCAUCUUUUGCUGUUGCCUACUCCAGACUCGCAUCGCAUCUCGAGAUGUCUUUCCGCAGCAUAGUCCGUGAUUUCAGGGAGAGUUUUGGUACUCUAUCAAAGCGGAGUUUUGAGGUGAAAAUUUUAGGAAUCCCAGGUCUUUCGGGCCGUCACAGAGGGAAGUCUAUUGGACCAUCAUGUGAGCUGGAUGACGGGCCAGUGGUGGUUCACCAGAGCAAGUGGGCUGGUCUUCCUCCUGAAUUACUUCGUGAUGUCAUGAAAAGGUUGGAGGAAGAUGAUAGCAAUUGGCCAUCCCGCAAGGAUGUUGUUGCUUGCGCUUCUGUUUGUACAACAUGGAGAGACAUGUGCAAGGAUAUAGUGAGGAACCCGGAAUUUUGUGGAAAGCUUACAUUUCCAGUGUCUCUUAAGCAGCCUGGACCUCGGGAUGGAGUAAUCCAAUGUUUCAUAAAAAGGGACAAAUCAAAACUAACAUAUCAUCUCUACCUGUGCCUUAGCUCUGCUGUUCUUGAUGAGACUGGGAAGUUUCUACUAUCAGCUAAAAGGAGUCGGCGAACGACACACACUGACUACAUCAUUUCUAUGGAUUCCAAAAAUAUCUCCCGAUCAAGUAGUGGCUACAUUGGAAAGUUGAGGUCAAAUUUCCUUGGCACCAAAUUCAUAAUCUAUGACACACAGCCUCCAUACAAUGCUGGGACGCUUUGUUCGCAAGAACGGACAAGCCGUCGAUUCUCCUCUAGGAAAGUUUCCCCAAAAGUUCCAACUGGUUGUUAUCCCAUUGCACAGGUGAACUAUGAGCUAAAUGUUCUUGGAACCCGGGGACCAAGGCGGAUGCAAUGCGCUAUGCAUUCCAUCCCAGCAUCGGCAGUAGAGCCUGGUGGCAUUGUGCCUGGCCAACCUAAAGAGCUCCUCCCGAGAUUAUUUGAGGAGUCCUUCCGCAGCAUGGCCACUUCCUUCUCCAAGUACUCCAUCACAGAUCAUUCAGCAGACUUCAGUAGUUCUCGCUUCUCAGAAUUUGGGGGAGGAGCUCUGCAAGUGCAAGAUGGCGAUGAUGUGGACAAGGAGAAGCCUUUGGUUCUCCGUAACAAAGCACCAAGGUGGCAUGAGCAGCUGCAGUGCUGGUGCCUCAACUUCCGUGGCCGUGUGACGGUGGCUUCAGUGAAGAAUUUCCAGCUGAUAGCUGCUGCACCUCAACCAGUCUCUGGAGCAGCCUCUGAACCUUUACAUGCAGGGCAGGCUGUGCAACAGCAGAGCCAGUCUUCCCAGCCAUCCAGCUCCUCGUCGUCAUCCAACCAUGAUACGGUGAUCCUGCAAUUCGGCAAAGUUGCAAAGGACAUGUUCACCAUGGAUUACCGGUACCCGUUGUCGGCCUUCCAGGCUUUUGCUAUCUGUUUGACCAGCUUUGACACCAAGCUGGCAUGUGAAUAGAUCAGUUAGAAUAGCGACCAUAAACUAAAGCACUCUUAAAAAGGGCCUAACCCUGAGAGUGUAUGGUAUGGUAUAUGUAUUCCAGGGUAGGAGAAGAAAUCUGGGUCUGGUGUGCAUGUGCAGUUCUUUGGUUGAGAGUCCUUGUUUCCUCCGGCGUGCGUGUUUGUUAGAACUGUAGAAAGGAUUGAAAUGUAGAUGUUUGUUGUAAGAUAGAACAUGAUGAGAAAACUUCUCUCUGCGUUGGGCAUUAAAAAGUUUUGAGCAAGAGAAUGCAUGCAUGGUCGAGUAGAGCCGUCUUGGAUGUGGGGUUUGAGAGGUACUGUAAAAUGAUGGAGAUGUCAGCAUUAUUAUGCCCAGACAGCAACAGCUAUCAAUCUCCAUAUAAUAAUGAUCCUAGAUAUCUUGGGUAC